UUUUGGUUCCGGGCCGAGGGGGUUCCGGGGUGCGCGGAGCUGCUGCGGGUGCGGGGCCGCCCCCGGCCCCGGCCCCGCGGGGAUGGACGAGGACGGGCUGCCCAUCGUGGGCUCCGGCAUUGACCUCACCAAGGUUCCUGCUAUUCAGCAGAAAAGAACUGUAGCGUUUCUAAACCAGUUUGUGGUUCAUACAGUGCAGUUUCUGAACCGCUUUUCUACUGUUUGUGAAGAGAAAUUGUCAGCACUCUCUCUCCGUAUUCAACAGAUCGAAACAACACUCAAUAUUCUGGAUGCAAAGUUAUCCUCUAUUCCUGGCCUAGAAGAUGUCAAAUUUGAAGUGUCCAGUGCAAAUACAAAUAGUGUUACAAAUGGUCCUGUGGCACAAGCUACUACAGAUCAACAGACAGCUGUAUCACCUCAAUCUGGACAGAACAGUGUACAGGAAGAAGGGUUACAGAAAACGGAGGUAGUUACAGAAAAUGUCACAACUGUGGCCAAGGAUCCAAGAUAUGCCAGAUAUCUCAAAAUGGUACAAGUGGGUGUUCCUGUAAUGGCAAUACGAAACAAAAUGAUUUCUGAGGGACUAAAUCCAGAUCUUCUCGAGACCCCAGAUGCCCCUGUGCCUGCUUGGGGAGAUGAUGGCAAAGCAGAAGACAGUUCUGAUAGUGAAUCUUCGUUUAGUGACUGAAGAGACUGAUUUCAGCCUUUGGAAACCCCUGUUAAGUGCUCAUGUGUUUGGAGCUUUAGCAGACAAUGGUUUUGCGUGGGUCACAUGGGUGACGUGAUUUAUCCGACAGUGGUUUUAAGAACUAAGAUGCUCUGCGUUCUCUUCCAGAAAGUUUGGACAGGCAGCAUGUUUCAACCUGAACCUUUCCACUAUUAAAAUGAGUCAUGAGAUCCUUGCAGUUUUGAUGCUGCAUCAUUUCAGAUUCAUUUCUGAUUCUUCAGAAAUUACUUCAUAGAACUCUAAGAAUUCCACAACUCUAAACCUCCAAGUCUCUAAAACUGCAUUCUGAUCAUUUUUAGAUUUUCUUUGUAAAACAUUUAACCUAAGUUACCUUCUUUCUGUCUCAUAACUUACAGGUAAAGUAACUUUUGAAAAUGAAAUUGUUUCAUUGAUGAAUUCUACUUUUUUCCCAAUAUACUAUAUCUGCAGUGACAUGACAAGAAUUACAUAUAAGUCAGCUAUCUUAUAGUGAUUGCAAAUCAGUGAUACUCUGUUUUGAGAGAAACUAAAAUACAAGUGAAAAAAUAUUAAAACCCAAUUUGAAUCUAUUUUCAAAGCAUAUCCUGCUAUUCGAUGCCACCGUAGAAUCUGUACAAAGUUAUUAAAGAAACUCCUACUUUGUAUAAGAGUUAUGUAUCAAAUUCAGCUUGCAGUGUUGUAGAAAGCUACAAACAUUUCAAGAUUGGUUUGAAGGUGAUACUGUGACAAAAGCAAGGGACUGGGUGAUUAUUAAUAGAAUACCAAAUUCUCGCUACUUGUCCACUGUCACGUGGGUCUGUUGAAACCACUUUCUGGCUGCUGUUGGGCUUAUUCAAAAGAAGCUCUGGAUGAGCAGUUUCCACAGGAUGAGGAAUCCCCUCCAAGUUGGUGCCUUUGCUGAUAAUUUCGGCAAAGAAUGUAAAAUUCAGUUUGUAUAAUGAUAAAACUACCUUGCCACCUCUUGAUGUAUACAUUGGGGAACAAUAUAAAGAAAUGCUCUUCAAGCCUGACUGGCCCUGAAGACUCCUCUCCAAAUUGCCAUGACAAAAAUGACAUUUCAUUAAAGAAUCUUCUUUAAUAUAAUUUGUUCCACAUUAAAUUCUUCACAAUCUAUUUGAAUUCCCCAGAUUAUUUUGAUUAUACCAGAAUGCUGUGUGCCAGACAAUCAUUAAUUUUCUGGUAUUUCACAUUCUUCUGAGACCAAGAAAAGACUAAAACUGAAGCUAAGUAUGUAAGUUUGUUAGCCUUAUGACUGAGUCAAUACCUUCUCUCUUAGUUACUUAUGCCACUUCAGUAGGUUAGCUGCCUUUUUUUUUUUCUGUAGCUUAAACAUGGCUCACAUCUGAGUCUAGCAGACAUAUUUUUGCUCUCCAUAACCUGUAAAUCAGAGUAAUGCCUGAAUCCCUACAAAAGCAUAUAUGCACUAGAGAAUGUCUAGAGAUGGUAUUUCAGUGAUGGAUUAAUUAUUGAACACUUAAACAAAAAUAUUCAAUAGUUAUAGUUAACACUUGGUAAAAGUCAGCAGAUAUUAACAUAUUAGCAAUAAGUAUUUCAGAAGUAAAUGUGAUACUGUUAUUUCAGAAAGUAUGUAUUGAAACACUGGUGACUUUCUAAAAUCUAUAUUUAAAACCUCAUUUAAGCAGUCUGUAUAAUUAAAGCUAUACUUUGUAAACCAAA